UACCACUGUCGCGUUUGCACAGUUGGUAGAGUCCAAUGUCCUCUGCCUGGUGAGUGAAGAGCUGAAGGCCACGGUUAGGUGUAAACAAAAGGAACCAUGGUCAACUUUGUAGCACUUGCCCGUGAGCAUUGGGUGAACAUCUUGGUGCCCAUGGGCUUUGUGAUUGGAUGGUACCUUGACAAACAGCAGGACCAGAAGCUGACAGCUUUCAGGAACAAAAGUGUUUUGUUCAGCAGGGAGCUGAAGUCUGGUGAGGAGGUGACCUGGAAGUAGACUACCCCUACCUGGAAUGUGUCCUGUCAUCUGUGGUGUGAAUGACCCUCAAAUCAGAAUAUUUAAGAGUCCUGUGACUGUUUGAGUUGGAUCUCCUAAUAAUCUUUCAUAUUUUGAGUUGUAUCAACCGAUAAUAAACAUGCCCUUUCUCUUAAAAAUAA